CCCAUAAAUAGCCCAGUCGCGAGGCAACCCAGUUCAGUUUCAAUUCGAGUUCCAGUUCGAGCAGAGAUGAAAGACAAUAUUUUAAAAGUUUUGGGUGUGAUCUUUGUAUUUUCCUCCUUGGAAAAUGUAACAUAUGCGCGGGACUUUACGAUGAACAUCGACUUAGGGUCUAUAGCUAAAAUGGAGUGUAGACCAAACUUCCAUAUCGUAAUUAGCGAGGGUAAUCUCUACCAUAAUGGUAAUAAGCUUAGGGAAAGUGCCCGAUACCUGCUGAAGAUGUACUGUGACUUGGAACAGACUUGCGACUUUCAGUUUAAACAAGAAUUAUUCGAUUGGCAGUUGCAAAGUGGCACCGAACUUUUCAUAAAAUACGCCUGUAAAAACGAUGUGAUUGAGGGAAAUCAUAAAAGGAUAGUGGUAACAAAAGACAGGGGUUGUCCGCAAGACUCUUUUGUCCAGAAGCACAUUGGUUAUAUUAAAGAAAGUAGAUUACAUCCUAGGAAUGACUCCCCAGCAGUACGAAGGGAUUGGGAAUUAUUUGCGAUGGCCAUCGCUGGUCAAGCCCGGCGUUUUAGGCAACACAUGGACAAUCACAGCGAUUCAAUGACUUACACAGUCUUUUUGAUAUACGAAACGAACAAGAACGAUUUUGAGCCGACUGCUGAUGGCAAAAGUUGUCAGUUAAAGUCGCAGUCCUUUGGCCGAUCCAUCAAGUACCAGUGCCGCAGGAACAACUCUAGGUGGACGUGCACUUUCCAGGGAAUAAGAGCUGACAUCGCCAAACAUGACAAAACUACUGGCCAUUUAUUAUAAUAGGGGAAUCUAAAAACCCCCAAUACUGUACAACUGGAAUUUGUAUUUUUUUAAUAAAAUAUGUCAGUUUAUUCUCUCA